AUGCCGGACGUAGUGAAGUUGGCGCAGGAGGCAGAGACGAACCCUAGGGGCAUUCCGAAAGCUCCAUUCGUCGAUCGCGUGGAGGACUAUGUCACCGACCGUUCUGAGGUGGAGACCACCAUCAACAGCUUCAAGGAGAUGAUCUCGAAAUACCAGUUCAUGCAGGCGAACACACAACGACGAGCUGCAGGGCUCAAGGACAAGAUCCCAGACAUCCAGAAGACGCUGGAAACGGUGCGCUUCCUGAAGACGAGGGGAGACGAUGCAGAGCCCAUCGAGACAACGUUCGAGCUGAACGACACCCUGUUUGCAAAGGCCGAGGUGCCACCCACAGACGAGGUGUACCUGUGGCUGGGCGCCAACGUCAUGUUGGCCUACCCAAUUCCUGAAGCUGUGGAGCUGCUCUCGUCGAAGCUGUCAACUGCCAAAGCUAGCCUGGCGACGUGCGAGGAGGACCUUGACUUCUUGAGGGAGCAGAUCACGACUCUGGAGGUCGCGUUCGCACGCGUGUACAACUGGGACGUUGCGCAAAGGAGGAAAGACCGCGAAGCAGGCGAGUCGAUAGAGGACAAGAAGGGCAGGUCAAACGGCUAA